CGACCUGGGAAUGUAAACACAGAAGAUGGCAAGUGAGACGUCGCCCCCUUGUUUAACCUGCUAAUUACACGAGAGACAUCAUGGCUGAAAGGAAAUUUACUCGUGGCUUGGGCAAGCCAGGAAUGGCUGCCCAGGUACGAGAAAAUGUGUCUCAGGCAGUAAAGGCAACAGCCACACAGGUUAAACCUAGAUUAGCAGACUCAAUAGACUUUGAAGAAUACAUCACCAAAAAUAAAGUUAUGCUUAGUAAUGACCCUCUGAGGGAGCUGCUGAUGUACCCUGUCGAUGACAUAACAUACUCAGUCGUCCCACGGGUAACAAGAACUCUACAGUCACUAGCUGCUGUUUACCUAAAGGAUGAAGUGACCAAUCCCCUCGUCCGCCAGUGUCUCACCACCUACUCUCAGGACCUGACCACAAUCACGCACAAAUACCUUCCAUACUCGGGGUCUUACCUGCACUUACCAAGGCUUCCACGCGUAGAUGAUCUGAAAGAGCAAGUUUAUGAAGUGGACACAGAUAUUGAACAAGGUGAUCUGGCAAUUCUGACCAAUGGUGAGAAUGUAUUGAAGAAAGGCUACCUUUUGAAAGGACCAGAAAGUGGGAAUGAAAAGAUAUUUGGAAAUUUCUCUUCAAAAACGUUUAAGAGGAGGUUUACAUGUCUGAGGCAAGAAGUUGAUGGAACAUAUCUUCUGGAGUUUCACAAAGAUGAAAGGAAACAAGAUUUGAAAGGCACAAUUGUUAUGGACUUUUGUACACAGAUUUCAAAGAAUCCCAGACGAGGAAAAUGCUGCUUUGAGCUCCAGAUGUGUGAGGGAGGGAAAUCCAUUUUGCUUUCGGCCGAGAGUGAGGCUGACCUGGAGGACUGGAUGGACAAGCUUACACGUGUCAUUCAUGCAGAUAAACCUCAGGACGAGUCUAGGAUUGAGAGAGGUUCAACUCCUCCCCUGUCCAACUAUGGGACUCUUCGGGGCCUAGAGCACAGCCUGAAUCCCCAGCUGAUCAAAUAUGCGCAUGAGACCGACUUCUCUAUAGCCCAGGCUCGUAGGGAAGAUAGGCACCAACUUUUCACCUGUUAUCACAACCUUCCUCGCACGGAAAAUGAAAAUGGCAGUGUAGAACUCAGAGAUGAGACACUAAUAUGGCCCUACAAAGAAGAAUUUGGGACGCGAUUUCGAGUUCAUUUCGAGAGCAUAAGAUUCAAGCUGCAAGCACCAUUGGACUCAGGGGAUGGUCCUCUGUCACAGCUGGAGCCAUACAUGACCUAUGCUUCCAUCUAUGAUGUGAGCCAGGGCUGCAAGAUCUCUGAAGACUUUCAUUUUGACCUCAACAACCCCAUGGUGCGCAACCUGCUCCCCAAACCGAAGAAGAAGGGCGAGGAGGCCAAGGAAGGAGCCGGGACCUUCCCCCUCUCCCUUGCUGGUGUGCCGGAAGAGUGGAUCGCACAUCCUAAACAGUCUGUGAUGAGUGUGCUGAGACCACACACUGAUGUCUUUCUGGUAGUGAAGAUUGAGAAAGUGUUGCAGGGUUCCAUCAGCCAGUCUGUGGAACCAUACCUCAAGAGUGUCGAUUCUAAAGGCAUUCAGAAGCUGCAGAGGGUCAUCAAGACAUGCUGCCAGAGGCUAGGGGAGUAUCGUAUGCCCUUUGGUUGGUCUGCAAGGCCACUGUUCAAACACAAUGGAAGCCUUGACACCGAGUCUGAGUUCCCAGCGAUCUACCGCUGUGAGGAAAAGCGGCUCGGUGAGACAGAAUUUGUGAAAAUGUUAGCUGAUUAUCGCAAACCAGAAAAGAUGAACAAGCUGACCAUUAUACCAGGAAGCAUCAAUGUCAAGAUCCUGCCCAUGGAAGUCACACUGCCAAAUUCUCUCACCCCCACACUGGAGCCUGUCAAGCCUUUCCCAAACCCUCCCACCCACGAGCCCACUGUGGAAGUACAGGAGUUCUCAGGGCGACAUAUCGACGACAUCCAUCCCUACGUGAACUACAGCAACAACUUGUAUGUGUACCCUCACUUUUUAAACUAUGAGAACCAGAAGAGCUUCAACAGGGCACGGAACUUGGUGUGCACCGUUGAGUUGCGGGACUCAGAUGCAGAAGGGGCCUCCCCCCUGCGUGUCAUCUACGGCCGGCCAGGCUCGGGCGCACAGACCAUGCAGAUGGCCACUGUGGUUCUGCACCACAACACGUGGCCCGAGUGGGGUGACGAAGUCAAGAUUAAGCUGCCCCACAACCUCACCUCCCAGCACCACCUCCUGUUCACUUUCCUGCAUGUGGCCAUUGAAGCGGCCAAGGCAGGCAAGAAGGACGUUCCCGUGGAGACCGUUGUGGGCUACUCGUGGCUUCCCCUCUCGUGCAAGGGCAGGAUUGUGACGGAUGAGCAGACCCUCCCUGUAGCUGCACACCUGCCACCCAAGUACCUCUCCAUUGAGCCCCUUGGCCUGGGGAAAGGGUUUGCCGGCCCUGAAGUGCGUUGGGUGGACAGCCAGAAAAAUGUGUUCAAGGUGUCGAUGCGCUUGGUUUCCACAGUGCUCAGUGGCGACCAGCACCUCCAUAACUUCUUCCAGUCAAGUGCCUCCCUCCUACCCCCAAUUGGCAGCUCUGGGGGGGCCUCAGCAGCUUCGAGUCCCAGAUCCACUCAGCCAAUGGAUGUGGAAACACUCAAGAAUCUCAAGGCUCUUCAUGCCCUUGAAGUUGGCUCAAUAAUAGCCUUUCUGCCUACACUCCUGAACCAACUUCUAGGAGUGUUACUGAAUGCUGGUGCUGAGGUUGCGACCAAUGUAACGCGUGUGUUGGUGCAUGUCAUAGACCAGGUGUAUGAAGCUGGUCGAGAUGAUAUACUAAAUUCAUACAUAAAGUAUGUCAUGAACAUUUCAUCCCAUGGCCGCAAAACUAUUCACGAGGAAAUGUGCAGAUCCCUUGCCCAGCUUCUCCAGCCUUCCAACAUGGACCAGUUGACCACCAACAAAAUCCUGAAGCACAGUCAGUUCUUCUUUGCUUUCAUUGCCCGCUCGAUGGCUCUGCAUUUACUCACUACAGCGAGAAUUAAGAUGGUUCGUAAUGAGCGGUUUAGUGAAGAGUACCAGGCAGAGGUCCGUUCAGUGGUUGAGCUGGUGGCUACCUACAUUGUGCAGCAUUACAAGGAGAAUCCGGUGGAAGCCAGAGCCGCCAACAUUGCACUGGCCCAUUUCCUGAAGCGCUGCUUGAGCAUGAUGGACCGAGGCUACGUUUUCAGUCUGAUCAAGAUGUACCUCGAGCACUUUAGUCCGGGAGACCCCAUUGUGCUGCACGUGUACAAGUUCACCUUGUUGCGCGUGGUGUGCUCGCAUGAACACUACAUCCCCUUGAAUCUGCCUGUGUUCAAUACUCCUAUCAGUGUUGAUCCCAAGAAAGCAAAGCUGCGUCAUGGUACAGAUGAGUUCUACCUCAGCACGGACUUCUGCUCACAUCACUUCCUGGUUGGUGCUUUACUGAGUGAAGUUCGUUCUGCGCUUGGUGAAGUGGGCGAAGUGCAGCGUGUAGCCAUUGGCGUGCUGCGUGACCUGUUAGCGAAGCAUGCAUUUGAUGAUAGAUACCUACAGUCGGGUCAGCAGGCGAGAAUUGCGAGCUUGUACUUCCCUAUCGUGUCAGUGCUGCUGGAGAAUGUGAAGCGUCUGAGUUGGCCCGACGUCUCGAACAACUCCACUGGGUCUGCCUUGAGAAGAAUGGACCCCAGAGCAAGUGCGAGAACAAGAAUUACCAACAGAUCUGGCGGUGGCAGUGUGGACAUGAGCAACUACAGCACUCCUUCACGCAAGGGCUCAAGCCGCGUUGAUGUGUCUAGCCUGGGCAUCCGUGCAGACCCCUCAUACUUGGCCAUUAUAGCUGGGCCAGGGGGGCUCGUGGCCAACCAGGUGAGUCUCGUCAAUGGAAGGUCCAGCUCAAGCCUGGAGUCGGAGGACAACCCACCUUCUGCCACUGCAUCAGAUUUACCUGAGGAAGACUUGGAGGAGGAAGGCUCUGAGGAUGUGAGGACUCACUCUAGGAACCUGAGUGUAGCGUUUGCAGGGGAGAGUGGCCCAGUGAGAUAUGAUAAACUGAGUCCGGCAGAAGUGCGUGAUUUGCUGCUGUGCUUCCUGCAUACCCUUAAGCACGUACCAGAAGCGCAUCUUGUGUCGUGGUGGGCUACAAUCAGUGUUGAGGCACUGGAGAAGUUUUUCACCCUCCUUCAACUUUCACUACAUCACUUCAAAUAUAGUGGCAAAAGACAAAUUGUGCGAGAGCAAGCCCCAAAGAGGGCCUCAACCCUACCAGCCAAGUUCCAGCCUCCAAACAUCGGCCAUAGAGUGUCAACUGCAACUGAUAGCUAUAGUGUGAGCAGCCAUGAAGGUGAGGGCUGGCUUAAAGCACUGCAGGAGGCCAACCUAGCAACAGAAGUGGGCCUCAUUAUCCUGGAUGUGCUUGGCAACUUCACCACACACUGCCGUGACAUUCUAACUUCUGACGGGGCUGAGGCCAUCAUGCAACAGGUGUUUUCCUUGCAUCUGCUGUACUUGCAGCUGGGCCAGUCGGAAACCCUGAUGAAGCAUGUGUUUGCAUCCCUCAGAGCCUUCAUCAACAAUUUCCCGCGGACGUUAUUCCAAGGUGAUGCAUCUCUUUGUGGAUCGCUCUGCUUUGAGAUGCUGAAGUGCUGCAACAGCAAGCUGACCAACUUGCGUCAUGAGGCGUGUGCUGUGCUCUACCUCCUUAUGAGGAGUAACUACGAAUUCACUCGAAGGACGGGAAUUAAUAGGGUGCAUCUACAGGUAAUCAUCUCUGUGUCCCAGCUGCUUGGGGAGAUCAUAGGGCUGAACAACUCAAGGUUCCAAGAGUCGAUGGCCCUGAUCAACAGCUAUGCUUCGAGUGACAAGGCCAUGACCAGUACAGGGUUUGUAAGUGAAGUACGAGACCUGACGAAAAGAAUCCGAACAGUCUUGGUGGCGACGGCGCAGAUGAGAGAACAUGAGCGUGACCCGGAGAUGCUGUGCGACCUGCAAUACUCUCUGGCUGCCUCCUAUGCGGCCACUCCUGAACUGCGCACCACGUGGCUCCAGGCCAUGGCCAAGCACCACAUCAAGAACGGGGAUCUGUCUGAGGCUGCCUUCUGCCAGCUUCACAUAGCAGCUCUCAUGGCGGAGUACCUUCGACACCAGGGCAGCUUCCCUGAGGGAUGCCAGGUGUUCUCUAUUAUAUCAGAAAAUAUCCCCCGAGAUGAGUCAAAUUUGAGGCUUGAUGCAGAUGUUGCAUGCUGCUCCCAGACUCUGCACUUCUACACUGGUCUAGUCGAUACAGUCUUCACCAUGGACUCCCUGAUCAACCAGCUGGAGGUCGCAGGCGGAAUGGUUGAGCGAGCGGAAAGGUACGAGCUGCUGGGCAACCUCUAUCGGAUUCUCAUCCCUAUCUACGAGGGGCGACGGAACUACCCGGCGCUCGUCCAGUGCUAUUCUCAUCUGUAUCAGGCUUAUUCCCGAGUGGUUGAGGUGAAUGCGUCACAGAAGAGACUUUUGGGCCGUUACUAUCGUGUGGCCUUCUACGGACCGAGUUACUUUGAGGAUGAAGCUGGCAAGGAGUACAUCUACAAGGAACCCAAAGUAACCUCACUGGCAGAGAUUUCAGAGAGACUUUACCACCAGUACUGCGAUAAGUUCGGGAAAGAAGCUGUUAAGAUGAUCAUGGAUUCUAAUUCGGUUGAUGCCGAUGAGCUCGAAUCACGCUACGCCUACAUCCAGGUGACCCACGUCAAUCCCUAUUUUCCUGAAGAAGAACGGAACAACAGGCAAACGGAAUUCGAACGCAACAACAACAUCAACACCUUCAUGUUCGAGACACCCUUCACCCUAGAGGGGAAGGCCCACGGAAAGUUGGAGGAGCAGUGGAAGCGGAGGGUUAUCCUCAAGACGGAUUACUUUUUCCCAUACGUGAAGAAGAGGAUACAGAUCGUGGAGACAGAGGUGCUAGAAAUGUCUCCCAUUGAAGUUGCCAUUGAUGAAAUGGAAAGCAGAGUCAAAGAACUGUUGGAAAUCAUUAAUAAACAUCCAACAGAUGUGAAGAAAUUGCAGCUGAAGCUUCAGGGCAGCAUCAGUGUGCAGGUAAAUGCUGGGCCUCUGGCUUAUGCAUCCACUUUCCUUGAAGAAACAAACUGCUCUUCGUAUCCAGUGAACCAGGUGUCUCGGUUGAAGGAUGUUUAUAGAGAGUUUGUGUGUACCUGCAAAGAAGCCCUGGACCUAAACAGCCAGGUCAUAAACAGCGACCAAUAUGAGUAUCAGAUGGCGCUAGAGAGCAAUUUCUCGGAGCUGCUUCAGUCGCUGUCAUCGAUCCUGAAUGAACCACUGCUGGCUGCUCAGAUCGCUGUCGACAGUUUGCUGAAGAGGUCGUCACAGCACUACCUGAGUAUGAUAAGUUCGCCGGGGGGAGCCAGCAAUGCAUGAGGAGGAUCUGAGGAAUGAUUACAUUCGUUUUUACCCUGAAGUUUUAAAGUUUGGUCGGAUCUGAUGAUGGAAUCUCAGACUCAACAGUGUGUCUGUCAGUGAUAUAUAUAUAGUUUUUUUUUUUUUUUUAAUAUUAGGAUGGAAUUGUAUUUUUAGUUAAUGCUACUUAUAAUAAUGUUUUUUAAUGGUACACAUCAAUUUUUUUGUUUUUUCUCUUUAUUAUUAUUUUUUUUGUAAGUAGAUGUAUUUUUAUGGAAACAAUACUUUUUCUUUUAGUUCUAUGAAAGUAUUUCAUAAUAGCUCCGUGCCAUGUAUGUAUUUAAAAAUUUUGCUAGCUUUUUGAUGUCAAGAUCUGUGCCAUUGUGAUAACCAGUGACUAAAUGUGAUUAGGUGUGUAAAGUGUAAGCAGUGUAUCAUAUAUUUUUAUGUCGAGGGUAUUAAUGUCUGUGAACAACCCCAGUAUAUAUAUACAUAUAUAUAUAUCUUUUUACAAAGACUAUGAAAUGUAAUUGUAAAAGACAAUACAGUAGGAAGACUGAUUCUAAAAUGUUCUUAUCUCUCUGGUAGAAAUACGCUGUUUUCAUGAUCAUGUAGGUACUAAAUAGGGUUUACUUUAUAAAUUGUUAUGUCUUGUUUAAUUGAUGCAGUGAUAAAAACCUUGAGGCCUGUACUUAAAAGAAAGAAAAAAAUUACUAUUGACAUCUAGUGAGGCAUAAAUGACACUUUAUAUCUUGUGCUCAACCCAAAAAAGAUUGAUGAACCCAACUUGAAGUCCCAUCUUGAUUCUGCAUAAAGGAAUGUAUGCUUUCCUUUUGUAAACUGCAUGGCAACACACUUCAAGCCAAUGGCUGUGAAAGUUUCUUCCAAUCUUUUGAGCUUUCGUCCCAUAUGGUCUUUUAUCCAAGGCUAAAGAGGGGGAGAGAGGGUCUUGGGAGGUCGAGGUGUGGCCUGAGAAUCUCGGUCAAUUACAGUCGUUCGUUGCUCUGCUUUAACAUAGUUUAACUGAUGAUAAAGACCAUAUAUGAGAUCUGAGUUGUUUUCCUUAAUGACUGUAGAAUGAAUGUUUUUUAUUUUCCACUUGGAUUCUUUUAUUGUGAAUAUUUGUCAGCUUCAGUUGUUUUGGAUUCUACAAUGAGGGAUGAGGACUAUAUUUGAAGUCAACAGUUUUUCUUGUAGAUACAGAGGACCACCAUUUUUGUAUGAUUUGUCACAAAUUUAUCAAAGUUAUAUCUAAGUAUUUACUAGUCACUUUAUAACCUUCAAUGACAUGGUUCAUCUACAGAAUCUCAUUUACUGAACAAAAAGAGAUAUGACAUAUGGUGAUUUCAGUUUGGGAUAUAAAAGUGUCUUUUGUAAUCUGCUCUUUCAGUAGUGGCAAUAGUGAAGUGUUUUUUUUUUCUUUGUUAAGUAUGAGGCUGAUAUGGUAGGAAACUUUUUAAAAAAGUAAUGUUACGGAUUACAAGAAUAUUUAUAUAUUUCUUUAUUUUAGCUUCAGAAACUUUACUCAUUCAGUUCAUUGGUUAUCAGACAUAUUUAAUGGAGUUUGUUGAACAUGGAAUUAGGAAAUAUGGCUCUAAGUAUAUAUGCACAAUCUGUUAACUUAGUGUGACAGCUAAAUAUGUUGUAAA